CAUCCUAUACAUUAAGCUGACUUUCACAUACAUUUCCAUCAUUCUUUUUUCACACUUUUUUUAUAUAAUUUUGAUAGUAUAAUAUGGAGAAAUGGUAUGGGGUUUCAGGGUUGGUGUUGGUUUUGAGUUUGUUCUUUGGGGUUAAAGGAGAACCCCAAGUCCCAUGUUACUUCAUUUUUGGAGAUUCAUUGGUAGAUAAUGGGAACAAUAAUGAACUUCGUUCAUUGGCUAGAGCUGAUUACUUGCCUUAUGGGAUUGACUUUGCUAAUGGACCGACCGGCCGGUUUUCGAACGGUCGAACUACGGUGGAUGUCAUAGCUGAACUUUUGGGGUUUGACGAUUACAUCCCUCCAUACUCAACUGCAAGUGGUAGACAAAUACUGGGAGGAGUUAACUAUGCAUCUGCUGCUGCUGGAAUCAGAGAAGAAACUGGACAACAACUGGGAGCUCGGAUUAGUUUCAGUGGGCAAGUCAAAAAUUACCAACAAACAGUUCAACAAGUGGUGAACGUGCUUGGAGAUGAAGACAGUGCAGCAAAUUACUUAAGGCAGUGUAUUUAUUCAAUUGGAUUGGGUAGCAACGAUUACCUUAACAACUAUUUCAUGCCCCUUUACUACUCAACCGGUAGACAAUAUAGUCCCGAGGAAUAUGCCAAUUCUCUGAUUCAAGAGUACACUGAGCAGCUUCAGGCAUUAUACAACUAUGGGGCAAGGAAGUUUGUGUUGAUAGGUUUGGGUCAGAUCGGUUGCAGUCCAAAUGAAUUGGCUCAAAACAGUGGAGAUGGUCGAACAUGUGUGGAGAGAAUCAAUGCUGCCAAUAGGAUUUUCAAUAACAAGCUUAGGGGUCUUGUCGAUCAAUUCAAUAACGCCAAUUCUGAUGCUAAAUUCAUCUACAUUAACGCCUAUGGAAUUUUCCAAGACAUCACCAGCAACCCUGCAGCUUACGGUUUUAAGGUGACAAAUGCAGGAUGUUGUGGAGUGGGGAGGAACAAUGGGCAAAUAACAUGCUUGCCAUUCCAAACACCAUGCCAGAACAGGGAUGAGUACUUGUUUUGGGAUGCAUUUCAUCCAAGUGAGGCUGCCAAUGUGAUCAUUGGGAGGAGAUCCUACAGCGCUCAAUCUCCUACCGAUGCUUACCCCAUUGAUAUCCGCCGUCUUGCUCAGCUCUGAAACUGAAAGUCGACGAGGUUUUUUAUGGGAAUUUAUAGAUAAUUAAUUGAAUCGUUGUAGAAUUCUUUCUAUAUUUGUGUCGUUUUGAAUUGUGUAACAGCUUACAAUCAUAAGUGUCAUUGUUCUAAGGGAAGUGGCAAGCAAUAUAUAUAUAUAUAUAUAUAUAUGCACUUUUAUAUGUAGCUCCAAGUGAUGAGUGUUGUUCUCUUUGGUAAUUGUUGUAAAGUUUGUCUGUAUCAUCACUAAUAAUGUUAAUGGAUUGAUGGGUUGGUUUAA